AUGGCAAACAUCGCAAAAAUUGAGUUCCCGGCUCUUAAUAUCACCGGAGAAAAUUAUAUGCCGUGGACGACACAUGUUAAGCGACAUCUAAAGUCAAUGGGUGUUUUGGAAACGUUAACGGAGUGGAACGAAUGUAGCGAUCAAGACAAGGCAAAAGCCGAUGUCUUCCUACAUAAACACAUUGACGAAAUGUUACAAUUUGAAUAUUCAAAUUUUGAGGAUCCAUACGUUUUGUGGGAAGAUUUAAAAAGCAGAUUUGAUAAUCAAAGGGAAGUUUUACUUCCCACUGCUAGAGAUGAAUGGAACAAUCUCAGGUUCCAAGAUUUUAAAAAGGUGAAUGAAUACACCUCUGCUUUGUACAGGAUAUGCUCAACGCUCCGAUUCUGUGGGCAAACUGUUACGGAGGAUGAUAUGUUGGAGAAAACUUUCUCCACAUUUCAUGCAUCAAAUAUAAACUUGCAACAACAAUAUCGGUUGCAAAAGUUUUAA